AUGGCCGUGGCAGCGAUGGCCGAGCGUGGCCGCCUACCGCACGCCGCGCCCGCGCCCGGCACGGAGGGGCUGCCGCGAGCUUUCCUCCAGAGCCUGCGCACCCUCUUCGAUAUCCUGGACGACCGGCAGCGCGGCUACGUGCACCUGCGCGAGAUCGAGUCCCGCUGGCAGGGAGCAGACGCACGCGAGCUGCCCUGCGGCGUCCUCGAGGGCCUGCGCCAGGUGGCCCCGGCCAAUGGUUACCUGACUUUCGAGCGCUUUGUGGCGGGCUUGCGCACCUCGCUGCUGAACGCCAACAGUGCCCGGAGGGAUCAGGCACGCGUCGCUCCCCGGUCUGGGGACCAGCCCUCGCUGCAGCAGCGUCUGAUGUUCGUACCGGCCGACGAGCCGCGGACUGUCCUGGAGAGGAAGCCUCUGCCCCCGAGUGCGCGCCCCGCGCCUGCUGGCCCCAGUGCCACCUCCCGGAACCUUGAGCUACUCUGUGUCCCCGCGGAGGCGGCGCCCUGUCCCAAGGAGCCCGAGCGGCCCCUGAGUAAGACCCUGGAGCGGAGCCCGAGCGCAGACGCGGGUGAGUUCUUCCAGUGUGACACCCUGCAGAGACAACCCAGCCUACUUCUCCACCCAGGCAGAGGAGGUGUGGGAGCACCCAGCACAAGUGCUGAAGAAGGCGCAGCAUCCUGCAAGACCCUGGACGUAGGCACAGGUGAAGCUCGGCAGGCUCCACGGACUCGAGGCGAACGGCGAAGGCAUACCAUCACCAACGGUGUGGACUGUGGCCUGUUGAAGCAGAUGAAGGAGCUAGAACAGGAACAGGAGGUGCUGCUGCAGGGCUUGGAGAUGAUGGCUCGCGGCCGAGAGUGGUACCAGCAGCAGCUGCAGCGUGUGCAGGAGCGUCAGCGCCGCCUGAGCCAGAGCCGAGCCAGCGCUGACUUUGGGACUGCAGGGAGUCCCCUCCCUCUGGGGAGGUUGCUGCCCAAAGUACAGGAGGUGGCCCGGUGCCUGGGGGAGCUGUUGACUGCAGCCUGUUCUGGCAGAGCUCUGCCCUCGUCUUCUUUGGGGCCCCUGGGCCCUUCCUCUCCCUCAGCGCCAGUCUGGCAGCAGCAGACCAUCCUCAUGCUGAAAGAGCAGAACCGGCUUCUCACUCAGGAGGUGACCGAUAAGAGCGAGCGCAUCACUCAGCUGGAGCAGGAGAAGUCUGCGCUCAUCAAGCAGCUGUUUGAGGCCCGGGCUCUCAGCCAGCAGGAUGCUGGGCCUCUGGACUCCACUUUCAUCUAG